AGCUGAAAAUUAACCAAUUCAAAUUAACUACUAAACGAUAGCUAUUCAAAACCAUCGUACGCUUUAAAAGUAUAAGAGCAAAGCUUAGAUAUUAUUUCGUAUAUCUACGAAAUUGUAAUGAAAGAUCUUAUAUGUGGUACAAAACAUGUACAUGAAGUGUAUAAAUGAUAAAAUCUUGGCUUUGUCAUUGCAAAAGUCUGAAGAACUGGAAGUGUAAAUAAAAGGAUUUUCCAUAUUUUUCCAUUUGUAGACGUAAUGGCAUAUGAGUUUGUCUACGUUUUAGACGUAAAAGUCAACCCCUAAAUUCGUUAAUAGCUACUCUCUAGAGGAGAUUCUGCGCAAAGUUAAAAUCAAUACAGCAAAUUUAUGAAAUUUUAAAAGAGUAUUGCAUUGCAGAAAAUAUCAAAAUUAACGAAAGAAAGGCAAAUUUUUAAACCAUUGAAAAAAUAUAUAAAAAAGAAGACGGGAGAAUAAUAUUAUUAAGAUAAAGCUUUAAAUUAUAAUGGGAACUGUGCUCAGUUUAAAUCCGAAAGAACGUCAUAAUUCUGUUUAUUCUGCCCAGCGUCAUCUGCCAUACAAUCCACAAAAUGAAUUAAGAAAUGAUCACUUUCCAGAGCAUUUAAAUUAUGCGGACUCGCAACUCAACAAUUAUUCGUAUGAACAAUUAAAUAAUGCGAAAAAUCGUGAAAAUAAAGCUGUGCACGGUAGCCAAUUUUCUAAGAAUGGCAAUUACAAUCUAUCGGGAUGCUCAAAUAUUAAAUUUAGUUAUAUUAAUUCGAAUAAUAUUCAUCACAUAAACAAUAGUACCAAGGAAACAAUUAAUAAUGAUUUGGAUUCUCAUUACGACAAUGCGACCAUAUUAUCAGAAAAGAGUACAAUCGAGAAAAACUUUAAAAAACAUUCGCUUUUCAUUAACGCUUUGUCAUGGAAGAAAAUAGCAUCUCAUAAUAAGAAGAAGGUUGAUAAUAAAUCAAAAUCCACAAAUCUGCCUUCAACUAAUUUAAAAACACAGCAUCGCGAUAAUAAUUGUGCGGCAGUGAGUGAUAAAAACAAAAAUGUACAGCAAAAUAUUAAUUACAUAGAGGAACAUCACAAUCUCAGCAAUAACGAUUCUUAUAAACAAUAUUUCACGACUUCAAAUGAAAAAAUAACUAACGGUACAGAUGCUGUUAAAGUAAAUAAUACGAAUAGUAUUUUGUCACACAAUAAACUUGUACAAAAACAACCGUUAGCAUUAUCAUUGCCAUCACAAUUCCAACAAAAAACUAGUAAUCAUGCUCCGAGGAAAACUGUUAUACAGGCAUCCACCUCCGAAUUAUUAAAAUGCUUAGGAAUUUUUUUGCAUUACCGAUGCAAAAAGCUGCGGAACUUUGAAGCUGGAGAUGCUGUCAUGUGGUUGAGGGCUGUUGAUAGAAGCCUUCUACUUCAAGGUUGGCAGGACGUUGCCUUUAUAAAUCCUGCAAAUGUUGUGUUCGUCUAUAUGCUUGUACGUGAAUUGGUCGACGGAGAGGAAACCAAGGAAUCCGACCUUCAAGCUGCUGUUUUGACCUGCCUUUAUCUUUCAUAUUCCUAUAUGGGAAAUGAAAUUAGCUAUCCUCUAAAACCAUUUUUGGUGGAAGAUUCAAAAGAAAAGUUUUGGGAUAGAUGUUUGGUGAUUGUUAACCGUUUGAGCAAUAAGAUGUUAAGGAUAAAUGCAGAACCAGGAUUUUUUACGGAAGUUUUUACCGAACUUAAGUCAUGCGGACAACUUACCAAUGGAAGCUUUUCUUGUGGAGCUGCUUGACGUAUAGACAGCAGAGGUAUUGUUGUUCAACUUUCAUUGUCAGCACAACAUCACAUUUUUUAUGAAAAUAAAUCUUAAUGAUCACUCCAUCAUAAUAGACAACAGUUACAUAUGCAUACAUCUCUUUAAAUUUGUGUAAAAAGUUCUUGUCAAAAAAUUGUCGAUAGACACAAUAUGUUAAACCAAAAAUUGAAAUUAAAAAUAAAUAAAUAAAAUGUGUGA